CUUUGUUUUUCUCUGCACCAACACACCUGGUCUCAAUCAGUGAUUUACCUGGGCUGGAUGACCUGCUGAAGAGGUGAGUGAAUCAGGUGUGUUGGAGCAGGAAAACAUCUGAAGCAGUGGCCCUCUAUAGUAUCCUUUCUGGUAAGGUGUACUCCAUGAAUUUUCCAACGUUGGCGGCAUCAAUCAGGCUGGCUGCGCAGUCCCCGGUCCCACCCUGUGGGUGUCCUUGUAUCCAGUGAUCCAGCUUGUGCACGGAGCCGUCAGACCACCAUGUCCAGGAAUCCCCUGCUGGGUCCCAGGAGUGAAGAGUGGCUGCUUCUACUCGGAGAUAUUACAGCACUUUCAGGAAUCAUGCUACCAGAAAAACAGUUCCAGUGCACCAUAUGCCACCAAGUGUUCACCGACCCAGUCACCACUCCAUGUGGUCACAACUUCUGCCAAACCUGCAUCCGGAACACGUGGGAAGGCAGUGAUGUCUGCCAGUGUCCCACCUGUAACAAGUCAUUCGCCUCCAGACCUGACAUGAGCAUCAACACUGCCUUCAAAGAGCUGGCGGAGACAUUUAAACAAAUGAUGGUCCUCUCCUCUGCCUCUUUGCUGCCUGCAGCCAAACUGGAUGAGGUGGUGUGUGACGUGUGCGUCGCCACCUCCCAGCAGGUCAAGGCCCAGAAGUCUUGCCUGGUGUGUCUGACGUCAUACUGCGAAGCUCACCUGGAGCCUCACAGGAGAGUUGCCACCUUGAAGCUGCACACGCUGAUGGAACCGCUGAAGAACCUGCAAGACAGAGUGUGCAAGCACCACGAGAGGCUGCUGGAGAUGUUCUGCAGGGACGAGCAGAUGUGUGUGUGUCGGUUCUGCACCGAGGCCGAACACAAAGAUCACCAGGCUGUUGGGAUUGAGGAAGAAAGUGGAGAGAGGAAGGUCCAAAUGAAGCAGACUGAGGUUGAUUUUCAAAACAUGAUCGAGAAGCACCAGAAGAAAAUUGAGGAGAUAAAUAACUGCCUAAAAAUGAGCAAACUGAGCGCCGAGAAGGAAAAAUCCGCCAGCAACAGUCUCUUCACAUCUCUGAUCAACUCCAUCAAAGAGAGACAAUCUGAAGUCAACUCAGAGAUCGAACGAAAGCAGGAAGCAGAAGAAAGGAGGGCUGAGGAGCUCGUUAGUGAGCUGCAGCUGGAAAUCACCGAGCUUCAGAGGAGAAACGCUGAGCUGAAGGAGCUGGAGGACACCGAGGACCACCUGCACCUCCUACAGAGCGUGCCCUCUCUGGUUUCACCUCCACCUACCAGGGAGUGGGCAGAUAUCAGCAUCCACCCUGAGCUCUGUGUGGGGACCGUGAGGAGAGCUCUGUCCAAACUGGACCAUAUGCUGAAGAAUGAGCUGCUCUGUUUGAAGAAAGAAGAGAUGAGAAGAAUGCAGAAACAUGCAGUUGAUGUGGAGUUGGACCCGGAUACGGCCCAUCCAAACAUCGUCCUGUCAGCUGAUGGGAAGCAGGCUGGCCGAGGUGAGCAGCUCCACGCUGUUCCCGACAAGCCCCAACGCUUCGACCCGGUCAUCUGCGUUCUGGGAAAGAAGGGUUUCCAGUCUGGGAGGUUCUUCUUUCAGGUUGCUGUGGGGAAAAAGACCUUCUGGGACUUGGGUGUGGUCAAAGAAUCCGUCAACAGGAAAGGCAUGAUCACCACCAAGCCGGAGAACGGCUACUGGACGGUGCGUUUGAGGAACGGUAACGAGUACCGAGCUCUGGACUCCCCAUCCGUCCUCCUCUCUCUCAGGGAAAUGCCUCAGACUGUGGGGGUGUUUACAGAUUAUGAGGAAAGGACGGUUUCGUUCUUUGACGUGGAGGCCAGAUCCCACAUCUACACCUUCUCUGGGUGUUUGUUCUCUGAAAAGAUCUUCCCCUUCUUUAGCCCAGGGGUGUUAGAUGAAGGGAGGAACACGGGCCCUCUAGUGAUCACAGCUGUUAGUCAGGAGCCUUAAAGUGUUCUGGAGCAGGAGGACGUCCUCUACAGAGCACACUCUGUUUAAAGACGAAUAUAGAUAAAUAUAGAUGUGUGAAUGUAAAACAGUAGCUGAGUGUGUUAAAUAUAGACAGUUUAUAAUAGACAGAACUGUCAUGCCGUAUCACAUACUGUGUGAAGGCAGAGAUGAGGUAUUACUGAUGGUUAAUGAGUGAUGGAUCAUCCAUUCAUCCAUCUUUAGUUUGAUUUGCAACAUCUUUGCAUCAGCACCAGCUGUCAGAUGGAGUUUUGUGUGCUUUGCAUCUUAAUGAGGUUGUUGUCCAGCACACGUGAUGAUGGCUGCUCCUGCAGAAAGUAUGCAGUCAGAAACUCGAAUACAAAAUGCAAACUAUCAUUCGCUUAUUGAACCAUGUGCUGGAGCCUCAUGCAGCUGACAUGAAAUGUGCUUGUUUACAAAUAAAACUUGUUUGGAAUAGUC